UCCUUCUCCUCUCCACAGGCCUUGAGGAAACUGGAGGUUCGGCUCAGAUGGGCGUGGCUUCAGGUCGGCGCCGAACGUUCGGCAGGUGGAACUUAGAAGCGGCGCGCUCUAGAACGCUGAGAUCAAAGGGAUGGAACGCUGAGGAGCAGCGAGGUGGGUGGUCCCUCUGGUUCUCUGCUGAGCCACGAUGAGUCUCCUCACCGUCCAGUCCCUUCGCGAGGUGAUGAAAGCCCUCUCCCACUCGCCGGGCUUUGAUCGAGUGCUGAGCAAGAUGACAGUUCUGUCUGCUGGCCCUGAAAAGGUUGUCUGUGAAAUGGAAGUCGCAGAAGAGCACACAAACCGGGGAGGAACUCUUCACGGGGGGCUGACGGCAACACUUGUCGAUGUUGUAUCGACAGCAGCAUUGCUGUGCACUGAAAGAGGUUCUCCAGGAGUCAGCGUGGAUAUGAACAUAACCUACAUGUCAGCAGCUAAGAUUGGAGAUGAAAUCCAGAUCACUGCUAAGAUUCUGAAGCAAGGAAGAAGCCUGGCCUUCGCCACUGUGGAUUUAACAAACAAGGCCACAGGAAGACUGAUAGCCCAAGGAAGACAUACCAAACACCUAGGACACUGAUUGGAGGAGGUCAUCACUUCAUUGAAAGCUUUGGGCUUUCAAAAAGCAGACCAGAGUAACUUCACAACAAUACUAAGAAUGGAAUUUCACUGUCUAAAUCUUGUUUAUUGUAUGUAUGUAUUGUAAGUAUGUAUGUAUCUUUGGUUAUGAGGCAUCUCCAGAUCUCUUUUCUCAGAAUAUGGAUUACUGUAUAAAAGCAGGGUUAUAAUCUGUCCUCAUGCUGGAGGGGGGUAGAAAUUAUGGUGUAGAAAAUAUUAGUUUGACCCCUAACCUGCUGGAGAAAAGCAUCCAAAGAAACAACAGAGGCCUGCAUCCAGCGGUAAGUCCACCUAGGGUAGAACAACCAAAAACAAAAGGGUAGAGUCUCAGCCACAAUUGCAAAAAGCACACAAAUCUGUUUAUGUGAACAAGACAAGAAUGUAGGAGGUGGCACUGGGAGAAAAUAACCUCUCUUCUGCUCCUUCCCCAGCCUGCAGUGAGAAUUUCUGCUGGAUCUUCUCCCUUAAACAAAUGGAAACUUUCAGUUUGGCUUAAAUUCAAACUGGGAUCUUUUGCAAGUGUCCAAGAUGACUUCCAUGUUGCUCUGUUCAGGAGACGUUACUGGAAUCAUAGGAAUGAUCUGUUAUUUUAUGUACUUUGAAUCCAGCACUGAAUGAAUGUCAAACUAACUAAACAUAAAUUGAUUAUACAUAAUGUUCUAAGUUAUUGACUAGUAUGCAUUGGUUUUGAAGACUGUAAAAGUAAUAGACCUUAUCAUUAGCAUGGUGAGGACUUGCUAUUUUUCAAUAAAAUUUGGUUUUAUAAAACUUCAA